AUGGUGGUGAAUAGGUUCCAUGUCAUCUUUGAUCUAUUUCUUCUUUUUUCUAUCGCAGAAAGCUUCCUAACUCCCAAUGCUCUCAUUAGGAAAGUAGAUGACAUGUCAAGCCGUUUGAAGGUUCAGCAUGCAAAAUCUGGAGGACGGGCUGCAGGAUCCGAGGACAAAAUCACAUCCUCUGAAGAAUGGCAAGCAACUCCAUGUAAACCAGGCGAAGCCCGCUUGACAAUCAUUCAAAUUACAGACACAUAUACUCUUGAGCACUUGGCGUCAGUCAAAACCCUUCUUGCCGAUACCAGGGAAAAAUCACAAGGGUCGAAGGUCAUUUCCAUGAUGACAGGAGAUUUCCUUGCACCAUACCUACUCUCUUCUGUUGAUCGUGGAAGGGGAAUGAUGAGAGCCCUUUCCAAGAUUCCAAUCGAUUAUCUCACCUGGGGAAAUCAUGAAGCCGACAUCGCGCAUAAAACGGUGUGUAAACAUGUUCGCGAUUUCCCAGGUGUUUGGUUGAACAGCAAUAUGCUUGAUCAUGAGGCUAUGGAUGCGCAGCAAGAGUUCGAAGUUAUAGAUAUAUGUUCCCCUGAUGGUACCAACAGUCGCAAGAUUGGCUUGAUAGCUGUGCUCUCAGAUGACCCUGGAUUAUACUCUCACUUCAAGGCGCCAGGGGCCUUUGGUGGUGCGACAAUAGACGAUCCUUGGAUGACUUUAAAAAGACUGCAGGAAAAGCUACAUGGGCCGGAAUAUAAUGUCGACACGAUAGUUCCACUGCAGCACACCUAUGUCCCCGAUGAUCACAAGACUUGCCGCGAGUUUGACUUUCCAGUAGUACUUAGUGGCCAUGAUCACCAUCGUGUCGACGAAGUUGUGGAAGGAACACGAUUGCUAAAGCCUGGCAUGGAUUCGGUGUAUGCCACUAUUCUUGAACUUGUCUGGCCCGAUGGAGAUACCGAAGGAAAGAAACCAAAGAUCAACGCUUCUUUCGUCAAGACGAGCAAUUGGGAACCUGACCCUGCACUAGCGGAAGAAAACGAGAGAGCAUAUGAUGCUUUGGCACCGCUACGAAACACAGAGCUGGCACGUGUCCCUCCACCAUUCGAGCCGCUAUCUUCCGUGAAUAGCCGUGGAAAAGUUUGUACAAUGGGAAUUUACAUUUGCACGCUGCUGAGAUCUUCGCUGAAUUCGUCACGUCGGCAACGCAAGCACGACAUUGACGCUGUGGUUUUGAUGGGUGGCAAUAUUCGUGGAGGACAAGAUUACGAGCUGGGAUCUUUCUUUUCUUUGGAAGCGCUGGAAGCAGAGGUAAAGGGCGAUGAGGUGAUUGCUGUUGUUCCGAUGCCUGGAUGGUUGUUGGCGGAGGGAGUAGCAGCAACACAUGCUGGAGACCCAAUACCGGGAUGGAUGCAGUACGACCAUGGCAUUGUGGAAGACUGGUCGAGCGGAAAGCCAGUCAUCACUCAAGUUCGAGGGAAACCAAUCGACCACAAGAGAAUCUACCGCGUUGCAACAAAGAUCUCUGAUCUCACAAAUGGUCAAUCACCACCGUGGACAGAGUAUUACAAGCAGCACCCAUUGCUUCUUCCCCCCAAAGGUGCUUAUGUAAACAUCCAAGCUGAAUUGAUGGGAUACUUUGCGAAGAACCUAUGGAGAAAGAUUUGGGAUAGCCUAACAGAUUCUAUUGGAAGCGAGUGUAACGUUGAUGCUAUUGACAACGACUGCAAUGCUGAGAUGCGUUUGAAGAGUCUGGACAAGGACAAUGACGGUCUGGUUUCUGUUGAAGACAUUCAAGCAGCUCUUGCCGAUAUUGUCGGAUUGUCAGUCGACAACAGGGAGCUAUCACUUGCCCAAUUCGUUCACUCAUUUGCCGAUACCAAUGGAUCUGGGGAAGUGACCCUUGAAGAUCUACAAACUUUCUGUGACGAAAUGGAAGAAGUAUACGAAGCAGACGCCUGGCGCUUAUCCUUUCCAAAAUCAUCCCCACCUCAAGGUGAACCUGUAGAGGCUUCGACAUAG